ACUGGACAUCACCAUAGCCUUGAUUUCGUUACGUUACGUACUCGCUACUUAGCCGUAACAUUCCCCUUCCACCAGAUCCGGACUAGGCUACCGGCCAUUGGGCCUGGUGAAUGUUGUUAGAUAUAGAGCGUGCAGAGAAUCCGAGUAGAAGCCCGGACAACAUAUAUAAAUUGUCGGGCAGGGUCGAGGUAAACUUGUGUGACCCAUUCUACCCAUGAAGAUGCUACUACUCUCUGCUAGUACUAGUAUAUUCAUCGCGCUUCUUGCAGGCAUUGGGGGACUUGCGGCUUCCUCAAGUUUGCUUGGUGUCGGGAAUACACUUCGUGACACCACUGCUUGUGCGGAGAUCGCGGCUUCCAUCUCUUUGAAGUCCGCUGUUUAUUAUAAUGGAUCGGACCUCUAUACAAAGGAUAAUUAUCAUUGGGCAUCUUCGAGUACUCAAGUCUCCGCUUGCACCUUUGAACCUGGGACCACCGAGGACCUCGUUAAAGCGAUUCAAAUAUUGGGAGCAACUAGGACGCCGUUUGGAGUUAAAAGCGGUGGUCACACGACCAACCCAGGCUUUUCGUCGACCCCAGGCGUUCAAAUCGCCAUGUAUUUAUUCUCGGACAUUACGUAUGACUCGGAUUCCCAGACAGCAAAAGUUGGCACUGGUGCGAUAUGGGAUGACGUCUAUUUAACACUGGAAGAAUACGGCGUGAAUGUUCUAGGGGGGAAAGUCACUGGCGUCGGAGUUGGCGGCGUCAUACUUGGUGGAGGAUUUUCGUAUCUGACAAACCAGCAUGGGCUGGCAAUCGACAACGUGGUAUCAUUCGAGCUUAUUUUGCCUAAUGGCACCGUCACUACAGUCACCAGCUCCAGCAACCCAGAUUUGUACUUCGGCUUGCGGGGAGGUUUUAAUAACUUUGGAAUUGUUACCUAUUUCACUCUCAAAACUUAUCCUCAAUCUCAAAUUUGGGGUGGAAGUCUCGCAUAUAGUCAAGAUCAAGUCGAAGCAGUAAACGCUGCCGUCGCCAAAUUCGUUGCGAACGUUGCAGACCCCAAGGCAUCGAUAUAUUCCACAUAUAACUAUGUCUCUGGAUCGCCCGUCCUAUCGUCUUCGUUGUUCUAUGAUGCACCCACUGCCCCAGAUGGUAUGUUCGAUGACUUCUUGGCGAUCUCAAACAUCGGGGAAGACAUUUCUACCCGGUCCUUCUCGUCCAUGAUCGAUGUUGAGCCGGUGAAUAACACAAUUGGCCUUAGAGCUGUGUUCAAUGCCAUAGCGAUCGAGGAGUGGACGGAACCCUUGUUGAGCGCCGUUGCCAAUGAGACCCUCUUCUACGGAAACAAGCUGGCAAAUAGUAGCGUGGUUGAGAUCACUUACAACGCGAGGGCCUACCUUCCUUCUAUCUUCAGCCACUCCGAUAUACCAUCUGCGUAUCCGGAUUCACGUGCACGAGGCUACUCAUACCUGGAGGUAUUCUAUGCAUGGAAGGAUUCAAAAGACGACGACUUCUUCUAUGACAUCGUUGCUACCAGUUCCGGUCAUAUGGUGUCGCUAGCGGUCGCUGCAGGGCAAGACGUUGCGAAUGUGGUUGUGUAUCCCAAUAAUGCACAACCUUCCACACCCAUAGAGGAUCUCUACGGGACGAAUCUUCCGCGUCUGCGGGAUAUAAAGGCGGCUAUUGAUCCAGACAAUGUGAUGGGACUCGCCGGAGGGUGGAAAGUAUAAACGGGAAACGCACGGUACACACCGUGAGAUAAGUACCAACCAUCGUCACGAUGUGAUGUCAAUAUUUUAUUUGAUGUAAAGUAUGAUUAUUUAUGUAGAGUCUGUCCUCCAGAUGGGCAGCAAGAACAAGACAAUUAUGUUAACAUCGGACAAGCGAUUUUGUCUCUUUACUUCAUCUACCAACGUUGUUAGUUACAUAACUAUGAUAUUGUAUGUUAUUCGCCGGUUCAG